CCAUCAGCAACACAAUUGACCCAGGAGUCCACAUAAACAGCCAGAGGGGGGUAGACUGUGAACAUGGCUAGUAAGAAAGCUGCAGCUAAGAGGGGGAAACCUGCUCAAAGGGGCUCUUCCAAUGUCUUCUCUAUGUUUGAGCAAUCACAAAUACAGGAGUUCAAAGAGGCAUUUGGCUGCAUAGAUCAGAACCGUGAUGGAGUUAUUAACAAAUCUGACCUGAAGGAAACCUAUGCACAGUUAGGGAAGCUGAAUGUGAGUGAUGAAGAGCUGGAGUCUAUGCUAGCAGAGGGAAAAGGGCCCAUCAACUUCACAGUCUUCCUCACUCUUUUUGGAGAAAAGCUCAAUGGCACAGACCCAGAGGAGACCAUCCUUGCUGCUUUCAAACCGUUUGACCCAAAUGGCACAGGCGUUGUCAAUAAGGAUGAAUUCAAGAGGCUGCUAAUGAACCAGGCUGAUAAAUUUACAGCAGAAGAGGUUGACCAUGCAUUUGCCAUGGCUCCAAUAGAUGUGGCUGGAAAUAUUGAUUAUAAAUCACUUUGCUACAUUAUCACGCAUGGUGAUGAAAAAGAGGAGUCUUGAAAAGAGGCAUAUCUCACAUUUCAUAUGAACUUUGCCACUUCUGCAUCUUCAGUUGUAUCACCUUCCAGGCAAAUUGUUCAUGUCAACCCUUUUUCAGUAGCUCUCACAUUUUCUUUGUGAUUUGCAUUGUGCAUUUUAAAAGAAGAUUUCUUGUUCUGGCUGUUCCAUUACAUAAAUAAAGGCAAGAUAUACCCCG